CUGCCCCCCUUCUCCUCCAGACACCUGCGCCUAGUUGCGUCGCCACACAAGCAGAGAACAGUGAUGAUGCGGGCAUGCUGGCUGGUGAGGCAGGACAGCCGGCAACAGCGAAUCAGACUCCCCCAUUUGGAAGCAGUGAUGAUUGGGCGCAGCCCGGAGACCAAGAUCACUGACAAGAAAUGUUCUCGGCAGCAAGUGCAGUUGAAAGCAGAGUGUAACAAGGGCUAUGUCAAGGUGAAGCAGGUAGGGGUCAAUCCCACCAGCAUUGACUCAAUCAAAAUUGGGAAGGAUCAAGAGGUGAAGCUGCAGCCUGGCCAGGUUCUCCACCUGGUGAAUGAACUUUAUCCAUACAUCGUAGAGUUUGAGGAGGAGGCAAAGAGCCCUGGCCUGGAAACACACAGGAAGAGAAAACGGUCAGGUGACAGUGAUUCUCUAGAAAUGGCUGUUGCUGAGGAAGCUGAGCCAGAGGCAAGACUUCCUCCCAGAAGCAACUCUAUCCAGUGCGCUGUGCCCCCUAAGAAGGGGGAAGACGCAGCUGCCACAAAGGAAUCAUUAGGCCACUGGAGUCAAGGUUUGAAGAUUUCUAUGCAGGAUCCCAAAAUGCAGGUUUACAAGGAUGAGCAGGUGGUGGUGAUUAAGGAUAAGUACCCCAAGGCCCGUCACCACUGGCUGGUCUUACCUUGGGCCUCCAUUUCCAGUCUGAAGGCUGUGACCCGGGAACACCUACAGCUCCUCAAACACAUGCACGCCGUGGGGGAAGAGGUGAUUGCAGAUUGUGCCGGCUCCAGCAAACUGCGCUUUCGCCUGGGCUACCACGCCGUCCCUAGCAUGAGCUGUGAUCGAGAUGGUCCAAGAGGCUGGCAGAGUGACCGUUCGAGAUGGGACGCCCGAGCUCUUGAAGCUGCCUCUGCGUUGUCACGAGUGCCAGCAGCAGCUGCAGUCCAUUCCUCAGCUGAAAGAGCAUCUCCGGAAGCACUGGCCUCAGUGACCCGCCAAUUGUUUAGCAAGAACGCCGGGCACUUGCUUCGAUUGCUUGUGAACUUUUCCUUAUUUCUUGAAUUAAAACAUGCAGCCACUCCACAGCCCCCUCCCCCAAAAGAAAAAAAACAAACCCAAACAAAAAACUUAUUCUAUUCUUUUCUCCCCGUGCCUUUUCGUGACGCUGAUCACAUUCUUGAGUUGAGUAACCAUCCUCAUUUUCUGAGUUGUUUUCCCCCCUCACGGUCCUGCUUAAGUUGUGGGAGAAGAGACUGAGCUUUCUACUCCCAUAAAGGGUUACAGUCUUGGAAGCUUAUAGGGGCAGUUCAACCCUGUCUUUGAGGAUCACUGUAAGUUGGUAUUGACGUGAUGGCAGUAUUGUCUUAUGACCCCAUUAAGAUAGGUCUUCAAAGAAUCGAAUGGUGUCAAAGCUGACACUUGUUACUAGUGAAUCAAAACUAUCAUUUGGUUUCAAGAAGACUUCAGGGACGUAUUUUUGGCUCAAGAUUUAAAGUUUAUGUCAGAGCAGUAGUUCGAGCCCUUCAUCUGACCUUCAUGGCUUCAGGAAAUCUGGAGUCCGUGAGAAUCUAGAACUUAGUUUGGCGUUUUCUCUUUUUUUAUUCAGAUCCUUCUAUGGAAUCUUUGAUCAAAAUGUUCAGUAAUGAUGGUAGC